GGCACUUCCGGGUCACUCCAGCUUGUUCUGCAGAUGUGAGCCUUGUAACACACGUGUAAUUCUCAAUGGUGCAUCAACAGGCUGUCAGUGUGAACACGCAUAAGGAAGGAGGAGACACACCAGAGUAACAGAACCCUAAGGACAAAACACGGAAAAAAGGCGCAAGAAGAUUAAAACGAAACAGCAAAAGUGGAAUCGUGUCAUUUCAAUGCUGCAGACGUACCUGAGAAGGGCUAAGAUGAUGUCAAAGUUGAGGCAGGAAGAUGCCGCUUGCCCACCGCAGGAAAACGUGGCAGCUAAGCAGGCCGCCCCCAGACACAAGAGGAAAGCAAAGGUAUACUUGAAAGAUGCUGGAAGGCAGCAGGGAGCAACCAGUGAAGAGAAGCAGCAGCAGGGUUCCUUGGAUAAUGAAAGCACAUUGCCGAGCAAGACGAGCCCCAGCUGUAGUGGAGAGACGGGCAGAAAGGACCCAGCGUCCAUGGGGCAGAAGAAGACGAAGCAGCUAAACCCGCCUGGUUCUAACAAGAUGGGCGUGAACGAUGAAAAUGGGUCCAGAAAUGAAGGCGAGCGGGGACAGAAUGGGCCUGGCAAAAGGAAGAAGACGAUGAUGAGGUGGAAAGAGAGCGCCGUGGCGACAGAAGAGGACAAGGAUGCUGGGUGGCGGAGGCUGCCAGUGAAGGAGAGCAGCGACGAGACGGAGGAGGAGCAGGAGGUCACAGUUGAAGACAAAGGGAUGGAGGCCAUUAGGGGCGGAGGUGUGGAAACGAGGGGUGUGGGUGUUCCUGCGAAGAAGAAAAAGAUAAAGGAGGAGGUUAAAGAAGAAAGAGUGGAGGUGGUGGUUGGUAAGGGAGGUGUGGAAACGAGGGAUGCAGGUGUUCCAGAAAAAGAGGUCAAGAAAAAGAAGAUAAAGGAGGAGGUUAAAGAAGAAAGAGUGGAGGUGGUGGUUGGUAAGGGAGGUGUGGAAACGAGGGAUGCAGGUGUUCCAGAAAAAGAGGUCAAGAAAAAGAAGAUAAAGGAGGAGGUUAAAGAAGAAAGAGUGGAGGUGGUGGUUGGUAAGGGAGGUGUGGAAACGAGGGAUGCAGGUGUUCCAGAAAAAGAGGUCAAGAAAAAGAAGAUAAAGGAGGAGGUUAAAGAAGAAAGAGUGGAGGUGGUGGUUGGUAAGGGAGGUGUGGAAACGAGGGAUGCGUGUGUUCCAGAAAAAGAGGUCAAGAAAAAGAAGAUAAAGAAGGGGGCAAAAGAAAAAGGGGUUGAGAUGAAGAGCUGUGUGAAAGGCGUAGAAACGAGGGACAUGGGUGACCCUGAAAAGGAGGUGAAGAAAAAGAAGGGGAAGGAGGAGGCGACUGAAGGAAGGGUGGAGGAGAACAAAGGAGAAAAGAGGAAAAAGAAGGGGGAGGAGGAGGCGACUGAAGGAAGGGUGGAGGAGAACAAAGGAGAAAAGAGGAAAAAGAAGGGGGAGGAGGAGGCGACUGAAGGAAGGGUGGAGGAGAACAAAGGAGAAAAGAGGAAAAAGAAGGGGGAGGAGGAGGCGACUGAAGGAAGGGUGGAGGAGAACAAAGGAGAAAAGAAGGGGGAGGAGGAGGCGACUGAAGGAAGGGUGGAGGAGAACAAAGGAGAAAAGAGGAAAAAGAAGGGGGAGGAGGAGGCGACUGAAGGAAGGGUGGAGGAGAACAAAGGAGAAAAGAGGGAAAAGAAGGGGGAGGAGGAGGCCAGAGAUGCCCCGCCAGCGGAGGCGAGGAGGAAGAGGAGGAGGAAUGAAACGUCGGCCCAAGUCCUGGAGAGAGAAAAGGGAGAAGUGCCUGGAGAAACGAGAGGCCGGAAGGAGAAAGGGAAGAGCAAGGUGGAGCGAGCGAGCGCGGGCGAGCACGUCGGCGGCGCUCCGCAAGGCAGCACAAAAACGAGGGUGAAGCUGGGCGGGGGAGAUGAGAGAGCCCGUGUCGCUCCAGAAGAAAUUAGGGAGACGAAGAGAUCCGAGGGUGGCCGCAAGGAGAGCUGUCCGGGUGGAUCCGUGGAGGGCAGAGGAGAAGGGGAGGAGGAACUGGAACUGAGCAGAGAGCUGCACAGCAAGAAGAAGAAAAAGAAGAGGGAAGAGCUUGAUGGAGAACCAGAGCAUGGAGGGAUCAAGAAGAAGAAGAAGAAGAGGAAGAGAAAUGCUGUGGAGGAGAGACUUGGGGAGUCCGUGCUUGAAGGGGGUGAAGGGAAGAAGAGCGCAGAAGAGGAGCGCAGCGUGGGGUCUGCUGGACUUAGUGAAGAGGAGGGAGAUGUGAGGAGGAGGAGGAAGAAGAAAGAGAAGGCAGAGCUAAAGAGGACCGCGAGGGAGAGUCCGACCGAGCGGACAGGAGGGCAGGAGCCGGAAAAGAAACAGAAGAGGAAGAAGGAAAACUUCCCAGCAGAGAACAAGGGAGGCUGUGGCAGAAACCCGUCUGUGGAAGGAGCGAAAGAGCAUGCUGAUGACACGCCGACGAUGAGGAAGAUGAAGGUGAAGCAGGAGGAAGAAACCGAAGAAGGCCAAGCAGCUGAUAAGAGACCUAAUGACAUCAUAUUCCUGUCUGCAAGGCCAGGAAAUCAAGACGAGGUUUCCAUCGAUCAGGCGCGAAGGUUAGCCUUGCAAAGAGAGAUUGAUGAGGAAUCUCAACCCAAGGCAAACUUUGGUCAGUGGGACACGGCUCAUUUUGACAACUCUGAGAAACAGAUUAAGUUCCUGCGGUUGAUGGGCGGAUUUAAGAAGGGCAGCCAGCCAAUCAGACAAAAGAGUGAGCGGUUCAACAUGGCUCUGGGGAAGGAGAGCCAACAGACUUUACAGCAAGGCCUCCUGGGAGAAUUUGAGCGUGCUCAGAACCGUCGCAUGGACUUUCAGAACAAAGGGGCAGGACUGGGGUUUUCAGCGCCAUCCAAUAAGAAAUUUGCUAUUGAUGCCAAUGCUCGGAACUCAAUACGAUUUGAUGACUGAGGCAGAAAAGAACAUGGCAUAUAUGGACAGCCAUAAAAGAAUGUAUUUUUACAUGACUUGUUCGAAUGAUCGCAUCUUCGUCCUGUGAGGAGAAUCUGGGAUACUUAUUCUAUCACACACAUAUCUUACAUUUUUACAAAGUUUUUUGAUCAUCAAAGACUGAAGAAAGACAGUUGUAGAUUAAUUUUUGCUCUUUUUAAAAAAUUUUGCCCUUAAAUUGCUGCUCGUUCCAGCCUAGGAUUCCGGGGUGCAGAACGGAGUGACCCCGUAUUUAAUAGGCUGGUGGAACCCAUGACUGCAGUACUAUCCCUCCUCUGGAUUAACUCUGGCAAACCUCGAAGCCUUUCAUUUUAAGCAGGAGACACCAUUAACCCUGGACUGGAGUCUCUGCCCUACUUUUCAUAUGAUGAAGUGUGACACCAGACAAAAGUCAAGAUUCCUCACAUCAAAUGGUGUAGCAAUGAUUCAGACAUCUACUGUUGUAAUAUGCACACUGAACACAUUGCACACCAUGUAUAGGAUUCGAAACAUCAUGGUUUCUGACUUUUAUAGAAAGUUUGUUUUAGGCUUCAGUCUGUAUAAUUUGGAAAUUUUCUGUUUACAUUUUUUCAUUUAAAAAACCCCCCAAAAAAACACUGAUGUCAAACUAAAAUAUGAAGAUAAAGUGGCACGAUCCAGAAGAAGCAUUUUAUUUUGUCUCUUGUAAAUACAUGACCUCUGUACAGAAAAGAGAAGUAUAAAAAUCAGAAAUUCAGAAUAAAACAGAAAAAAAAAAAGUAUCUGAUCCUUUUCCAAGUGGUUCAUGCGUUUUACAGCCCUGAAAACACAGCUGGAAAUGAGUUACUUCAAAGUCCUGUGACGAAACCCAGCUUCCUCAUGCAGAUGUCAUCAGGGACCUG